AUGUUGUUGAACCACAAUUAUCUAUCAUUGAGUACUAUUAAAACAAAAAAAAAUCCUUACAUGACUGUUUAUAGAUUUAUGCUCAAUACCUACACAGUAUUUUGUAUAUUGGCAGUAGAUUUCAAUGUGUUUCCACGGCGGUUCGCCAAAACCGAAACGUAUGGACACGGUGUAAUGGAUAUAGGUGUAGGAUGUUAUGUUUGUUCUAAUGCAUUAUUGUUUAGUAUUCCCAAUACACAGAAUAUAAGUAAAAAUGUACUCAAAAUUUUCAAACAAGUCUUACCAUUACUUGUGUUGGGAAUUGGUCGUACUUAUUUUGUAGCAAAAGCAGAUUAUCAUCACUAUGUAUUUGAGUACGGUGUACAUUGGAAUUUUUUCAUGACUUUAGCAUUCCUAAAAAUAAUUAAUCUAUUUAUUUUGCCAUUUGUCAGCACUUGUUGUCUAUCUGGUAUUGCCACAAUUCUGGUCAUUAUUUAUGAGUUAGCAUUGAAUUUUGGUCUAGCCGAUUGGAUUAUGAGUGAUGCUCCUAGAGACACACUGUUCUCAGCGAACCGUGAAGGCAUUUUAUCGUUAAUAGGCUAUGAAGCAAUAUUUUUAUAUUCCUUGUCAAUGAAAUCACGGUUGUCUGUUUUUAUGAAUAAAAAUCAUUUAAUAAACAAUAUGUUCCUUUUAAUAGUAACGGCUUCUUUAUCUAUUGCUUUAUUUUUAUUGACAUUCGCCAUAAGUUUUGUUUUUGGUGUUUCUAGAAGAUUAGCUAAUGCUGGUUAUGUUUACUGGGUAUUAUCUAUAUCUUCGUAUCUAUUAUUCAUGUCGAUUAUGAUUGAAAACUUCAUAAAUAUUCUUUUACGUAAGACAGGACGAAUGGGUGAAUUCAAUAGAAUUUCACUCAUUAUAGAUAGUAUAAAUGAUAAUUUAUUAUUUUUCUUUUUAUUUGCCAAUGUUGUAACUGGAGUCAUAAAUAUGUGUUUUUACACUUUAGUAAUGAAUACCGUCUCUAGUUUAAUUAUUUUGUCUCUUUAUAUGUUUGUUAUUUACUUCACAAUUUAUAUUUUACAGAGUUAUAAAAAUAAUAUAUAUGUUUAA